GUACACCAACUUCAACCCAACGUGCUAACCUAGUCUAUCUAGUAGUACACACACGGUUACUUAGUGCGUUGAGUACAAAAUAUACAAAUAUUAGUUCUGUCCAACUUUGUCGACACGUCAUAGCCAUUGUUAUAAAAAGUUACUCUUUUUCCUUAUUUAAAGCUUUAAAGUGGGAUAUUUGUCAAGUAGGCCAUACAGUAUAAUUUUUAUUCUUAACCAUGGAUGAUGAAGCUGAAACUUACAAGCUUUGGAGAAUAAGGAAAACAGUAAUGCAGCUUUGUCAUGACAGAGGCUACCUCGUAACUCAGGAUGAGUUGGACCAAACCUUGGACCAGUUCAAAGAACAAUUUGGAGAUAAACCAAGUGAAAAACGCCCAGCAAGAAGUGACUUGAUCGUCUUAGUAGCACAUAAUGAUGAUCCAACAGAUCAAAUGUUUGUGUUUUUUCCUGACGAACCAAAGAUUGGUAUAAAGACCAUUAAAACCUACUGCCAGCGUAUGCAGGAAGAAAACAUCCACAGGGCCAUAAUUGUGGUGCAAGCAGGCAUGACUCCUUCAGCCAAACAGUCCCUGGUUGACAUGGCUCCCAAGUACAUCUUGGAACACUUCCUGGAGUCUGAGCUGCUUAUCAACAUCACGGAACACGAACUGGUCCCGGAACACGUAGUGCUCACCCCGGAGGAGAAGCAGGAGCUACUCCACAGAUAUAAACUGAAGGAGAACCAGUUGAUGAGAAUACAGGCAGGUGAUCCGGUCUCUCGGUACUUUGGACUCAAGAGAGGACAGGUUGUAAAAAUCAUUAGAUCCUCGGAAACGGCAGGACGCUACAUCUCCUAUCGUCUGGUGUGUUAAGCGUAAUACAAGAUGUUGUAAAUAAUAAUUUAAUAAACCAUUUUUACUUUUAGAAAUGUCUUGUUAUAUUAAAAUAAGUGCAUUCAGAA